AUGGAAUUGAGUGUGCGAAACAGCAUCUGGGCGACUCAAUCCCACAAUGAAGAUGCGUUAAACAAGGCUUAUGAGACAUCAGAAAAUGUAUAUCUCAUCUUUUCGGCAAACAAGUCUGGAGAGUAUUUCGGAGUGGCGCGCAUGGCUUCUCCCAUCACCGAUGAAGCGGCUGCAGGGCUUGAGUGGGCUCCUAGAGGCGAAAAGGUGUCUGAUGAUCCCGACGUUCCUCGAUCGAUACCGACGGCGGCCACGGAAUUUGCGCCCAAGGGCCGUAUCAUUGAUGACUCUGCCCGAGGCACCAUAUUCUGGGAAGCUGACCCGGAGGACGAUGAAAUCGCGCCAAUCAUCGAUCAUGAAAUUGACGACCCCGAUGAAAUGAUACAAGCUGCGGAGAAGGCGGAAGACGCCGAUGAUGCCGCCCUUUCGAGUGACGCGCAGGCUUUUGGCAAGCCAUUCAAGAUUGAAUGGCUUGCCACCAACCGACUGCCCUUUUAUCGCACCCGAGGGCUUAGGAACCCCUGGAAUGCCAACAGGGAAGUCAAGAUCGCAAGAGACGGUACAGAACUUGAGACGAGUGUUGGCAGAAGGCUGGUCCAGAUGUUCCAUAAAUCGCCCUCAUUGGAAGGACCGCAGCCAGCACUGGCUUGGUCGCCCGGGAGACCCUACUAA